AUGAGGAAAUUCCUCGGGUCCCGGUUGAACGCCUUACGAGACGGAGUCCUGGGAAGCGCCAGAGAAGCGGAAGCAUUCGAGGAGGGAUAUCCCACCCUCAGCUUUCCUCAAGACGUACCAGGCGCAGGCUCGCUGUGUCCAAGAUGUCUGACACUUCUCUCGCAUGUCAUCACGCGCUUUGGGGACGGAUCUGGAUGUGAGGGUGACGAACUCCCCCACUCAUUCUCGAUCCCGGCUUCGACGCCGGCCUGUCCCAUAUGUAAAAAGACCAGGAUACUGUUCGAUGGCGCCAGGGCACAUGUGUCUUUCGAAGAGUCGCUUCGGAGGAACGCGACGGAGCAAUGGAAAUUAACGUGGCGAUUGAGCACGGUGGAGGCAAAGACAUAUCCGCAAUAUACGCUUCCCUACGGCUGCGUCUCCGUACUUAUGACUGCGACGCACAGGGGGGGCUAUGGAUGGGGCAUCGGCGGAUUCAAGAUAUUCCCGGACUGCAGCAAGCCAGGAGAAGAUGCAGGCGAACAUGGAGGUGACGGGGCCGUACGACCCAAAAGGAGCCCAGGAGACUACCCAAUAAUAAGCUCGCUCGAUCCAUCUACGGAUGCUUCUACGUCCGCUUCGCCGCAGCUGGACUUCACGUCGACUGCGGGCUCCGGCAGUCUGUCGCUGGUCACGUCUUGGGGCCAGGAGUGUGCUGCAAAGCACACUCAGUGCAACCAUAUCUUUGGGGGUGAAGGCAUCGGUACGCCUGCGAAGCCGUGGUUCCCGGAUCGCCUGAUACGGCUUUCCACGACGCCGGACAUAAAAAGCGUGCCAGUUGGCCAGGAAGUGCAACUCAGCGCGAGGAUUGUGGAAAAGUCGGACUUACAAGACUUCUCCCCGGACCAGACCGGGAAGGAACUCCAGUAUUUCUCUCUGUCUCAUUGCUGGGGGCCCCCUCCCGACCCAUCGGCGCCGCUCGGGGGCAGAGUGAAAGAUGUGCUCACGAAGGACAAGCUCUCCGCCUGGAAAAAAGAUAUCGACGUGGAUGACCUUCCAUUGACGUUCCAAGAUGCCAUCAGGGUGUGCAUCAUGCUGCAUGUGGAUCACAUCUGGAUCGACAGCUUGUGCAUUAUCCAAGACAGCUUGGAAGACUGGCAGACGCAGAGUGCCGUAAUGGCCGACAUCUACAAGUUCGCAUGGCUGAACAUAGCUGCCCUGUCCGCUCUGUCGGACGACGAAGGCUUCAUCAACAACAGCAGAGACCCCAAGGUAGAAUUCGGCUUUCGGGCAAGGUACAGCCAGAUACUCGGCGCCAACGCCGCCAAAAGAAACUCCAAGGGCCAGACAUGUGUUCUCCUUGAUGGCCAAGCUACCUUAGUCUGGAACGCAGCGGCUGAUUUGCCAGGCGCCUCGUCUGGGAAUGCGCCGCUCUACCAGCGCGCCUGGGUCUAUCAAGAGCGCAACCUCGCACGGCGAACCCUGGGCUUCACCAAGCAGGGCAUUUCGUGGGCUUGCGAUGGCUUCGAGCGUAGUGAAUACCCCGGCGAGGGGAGUCUCGUGGAAGCAGCGAGGCUGAGGCAGACGCUCCAGUCCGUCGUUGACACCGCAUACAAGCUGGUCAGUAUCAAAAGCACUGCGAGUCCAGAGCAGGCGGCCAUCGAGCAGCAGACGCAGAUACGUCAGCUGCGCGAGCGGUUUGACUGGCGCUGGCACAGCACCAUUACGGCGUACACUCUGUGCGGCCUCACGAAGCAGACGGACAAGCUCAUCGCGCUGUCUGCGGUUACACGCGAAUACGGAACGUCCGGCCUGACCAUGCAGAAGAGGUACCUCGCUGGCAUGUGGGAUAUCGGCCUCCUGUUCCAGAUGGCCUGGAUCACCGUGGAAGGGAAGACGACGCCGAAGCGAAAGGCCGUCGGAGAGGAAGGAUACAUGGCGCCCAGCUGGAGCUGGGCAAGCAUCGAGGGGCCCGUUCAGCCGCGGCUCAUGUUCCCCAAGCCCGGCUUGAUCGCGCUCGCCGACUUGCUGGCUGCAGACGUGGUCUUGCAGACCGAGUUCAAGUAUGGGCCGGUCAAGGCUGGAUGGGUCAGGCUUCGCGGCCGUUUGAAUCGCGUCAAAACCAUUGGGAGUCGCGGGCGGUCAUUGUACUUGACUGACCAAACCACCGGAGAGGACCUUUGGUUCUGUUCGGAUACAGUCGAGGGUCGCGAUACCUCCCUGUGGCGAAGGAACAUCCAGAAGGUGGUAUGGGUGCCACUGAUUGUGUCCCACGACCGCACGGUGUUGUCAUGCAACUGUCUUGUUCUGACGGAGGUUGAUGGAUGCAGUGCUGGAGAUCAGUUUAUACGGCCGGGCGAGAAGGUCUACAGGCGACUGGGAACAGGCAACUUUGGCCGCAUACCGAGCAAGCUUCGGGAGGACGCAUUGCUCCUGGAACUCGGCACAUAUCCCCAGAAUGACGAAGAUGCGGGGCGUUUGAUAAAGGGGUUCAGGCGAAAUGAGGAGAAUAUGGAAGAGUUUGUUUUGAUUUGA